AUGCUGGCUGAGCAAACUGUGAACAAGCAGGACACUGGACACUGUCCAACUUUGCAGAGACUAGGUGGUCAGUUCUUCAAAAUUCCUGCUUCGCAGAAAAGUCUGACAGAUAUUCUGGGCUGCCCUCUGUCCCAAGUGAUUGUCACUCAGUCCGCACUAGCCAAUCAGGGUCUCCAGAUAAAACCGGCACUAAGAAUGGGGCGGGCACUUCCGGUCGGCCAUAUUGAAAGCUCGGCUCAGGGAGCUCAUCGCAGUCGUUUCUUGUGUUGUGCAGUGACCUGUUGCGGUGAACUGUGUGGAGAGCUUGGCGAGCUCGGAAUCCGCGCCAUGGAUGCAGUGACCUAUGAGGACGUGCAUGUGAACUUCUCUUGGGAAGAGUGGGCUUUGCUGGAUCCUUCUCAGAAGAAUCUCUACAAAGAUGUGAUGCUGGAAACCUACUGGAACCUCACUUGCACAGGCUACAAAUGGGAAGACCACAAUAUUGAAGAAUAUUGUCAAAAUUCUAGAAGACAUAGAAGCUGUAUCACCUCUCCCUCUGGAUACGAAGCAUGUGACUCUAAGGGAUGUGGAGAGAAGCAGUGUGCAUCUCUCUCCUUCAGAACGUGUAGAAGACAUGUAGUCGUCCCCACUAUGAGACGAGAAGAUGAAUGGAAUAGAAGUUUACAAGUACUUGGUUUUCCAGGUUCAGUGAGAAUUGAACAAAAUGCUCACAUUGGAGAAAAGCUCUAUGAAUACAAGGAAUGUGGGAAAUCUUAUGUCUGUCCUGGUUCACCAAGGACAUGUCAUGUGACUCACACUAUUGGGAAGUAUUAUCAAUGUAAUCAAUGUGCCUUCACAUGUAAGAGUCAUCUUCAGAGGCAUGAAAGAAUUCAUAGUGGAGAGAAACCCUAUAAAUGUAUUCAAUGUGGUAAAGCCUCAUGGAAGAGUGAUCUGCAAAGACACGAAAGAAUUCAUACUGGAGAGAAACCCUAUAAAUGUAAUCAAUGUGCUAAAGCCUUUCCAGAUAGGCAUUAUCUUAAGAAGCAUGAAAGAAUUCAUACUAAAGAGAAACCCUAUAAAUGUAAUCAGUGUGAUAAAGCCUUUUCACAUAAGAGUUAUCUUAAGAUGCAUGAAAGAAUUCAUGCUGAAGAGAAACCCUAUAAAUGUAAUCAAUGCACUAAAGCCUUUCCACAUAAAAGUUAUCUUAAGAUGCAUGAAAGAAUUCAUACUGAAGAGAAACGGUAUAAAUGUAUUCAAUGUGCUAAAGCCUUUGCACAGAAGAAUCAUCUUCAGGUACAUGAAAGAACUCAUACUGGAGAGAAACCCUAUUCAUGUAGUCAGUGCGCUAAAGCCUUUGCACAGAAGAUUCAUCUUCAGGUACAUGAAAAAACUCAUGCCUAUAAAUGUAAUCAAUGUGCUAAAGCCUUUACCCACAUAAGUUGUGUUGAUAUGCAUGAAAGACUUCAUACCGGAGAGAAACCCUAUUAAUGUAUUGAAUGUGCUAAAGCCUUUGGACUUAAAAGCCAUCUUCAGAUACAUGAAAGAAUUCAUAGUGGAGAGAAACCCUACAAAUGUAAUCUAUGUGCUAAAGCCUUCAUAUGUAAGAGUCAUCUUCAUAGGCAUGAAAGAAGUCAUACUGGAGAGAAACCCUAUAGUUGUAUUCAAUAUGUCAAUGUAAAUGCAAUUACAUGUCUCAGUACUCUUGAAGCACAUGAAAGAAUACAUACUGGAGAGGAACCCUAUGAAAGUAGUCAAUGUGUAAAGACAUUACAUGUGGCUGUACUCUAA